AUGCGCAUGCGUGCCGUUUGUCUCUUCAGAAUAAAUUUGUCGGGUCAACACUAAAUUCGAAAUCGCCAUUACCGGUACAAUCAUUGAAAAUCCUUCGUUUUAUUCGGACAUCCGUCGCUUUGGCUGGUCUGGUUAUACUUCGGUAGUGGUGAUUAACGUGUGGUUGUGUCGUUUAACUGGUUACGUUUUAAGAAGACGCAAAAAAUAAUGUUUUGAUCAUGGAGGUUCAGAAGAGCAUCGUGGCCGUUCUCAAGAGUCUCUGGAGAUAGAGAAGCUUAGCCUAUAGAUCUGGUAUGGUUCUAGGAGUAGUGUGUGGCAUACGAAAAGAAUACUCGACACUUGGAAAGUGGUUAAAGGCAUGAGUUCGUUCAACUUUGAUUUGAUUUUUGACUCCGACUUGUAGUUAUACCGCAACAGGCCGCGCGAUCUUCACCGAUCUGGUACUCUUGAAAUGUUCCUUGUAUCUUUGCUUUACGAUCGGAUAUGUUUAAGAAUUGAUGUUUUUAAAAUAAAUUAUUGCCUGAAUAUUCUCUUUACUAGUAUAAUCUACAAUGAGGGACAAAAGUGUUGACACACUUCCGUAGAAUGGCCCCUUUUUCCAUAGUGGAUAUACUUAUCCCCUUCCCCUGUCUACCCCAACCCCAUCCCCCCAAAAUCAAUGUUGAAUUUUGGACCCUCAAGUCUUUUUUUUACUUCAGACAACAUUGAUUCGAGGGGUCGGGGGAUCUACGGCGUUUAAAAGAAAUGAAAUAAUAAAUGAAUUAAAUGUUUGUUAAAAGCACCCGUUUUAAACAAGUGUGUCAACUACUUUUGUCCGUGAUUGUCUGAAAUAUGUAUCUGUGUUUUCCGGCUAGAUUUUUGACACUGCUGAAUUUUUGUCCGAUGACGUUACUCUAUGGGCCAAAUUGUUUGUUUUUAAACAUCAAUUUAUAGAGUUUCGUCCUGAUUUGUAGUAUACGUAGAGUAAAAUGUACGAAGCGUUUCUCAUUACUUAAUCUUGUACUCCCGCGCGCGUUCCUGAUACCCUGUCGGGUCGAGACGAAAUGAUUUGUGUUGUGAUCAAUGCCGUUGCGGAUGUAAUGUUUUCACAGGUAUUAUCAAUAGUGGAAAAAGGAUGGAAACAUUAAGGUACAAUGAAAAUUGUUCUGGUAAAUGGUUAACUUAAGCGAAUGAAGUAUUGCAGAGUAACAGAGGGGACAUGCAAUAUUUUUGACAUUAGGCUUUGCCAUUAGUGAAAGGACGUGAACAAUAUACAGGUUAUGAACCUCAUAAAUGAUGGGCCAGCCGUUUGUGCUGUGCCCUAUAUAUAGAUGUGUUUUUUAUUUUUUUGAGACCUUUCCUAACCUAACUGAUCCAAACCUUUAGCGUAGGUAGGCGUCGAGGUUAGGAAUGUACUUUUGUAAUGAUUUUACAUGACCGCCUGCCAUUUAUUCAGUGGCAUGAUUGUUUAUUGAUGUUGGACGGACAACUAUUUCAUUUCCCAGCUCGUAAAUCACAUAAUGCCAAAGAAAUUGUUUUCAAAAUAGACACACCAGUUUGUAUCAUCGCCAAAACAGCAAUUACUUUGGCCCAGAAGUUCACCUGAUGACAAACAAAGCGGGAUAACACGUGAUCGAUGACGGCCGUGCGCUGGAAAAUUUUCCUUUUUUAUGCGCUAAUUCCUCACAAAAGGUAAAAGAAGAUUCCGCUAUGUAGAAAGUGCUUCGCAAUACGUAUUCUUGGCGAGAAAAAUUCCAGCGAUGUGGUGCAAAUAAGGAGUUUCAACGGUUAACCAUGAGAAUACAUAUCGACAUUAAGAGGUCAUAACAGACUAAUGUUACUUUCCGUUUGCCGAAACGUGGUUAGCCGUUGUAACACGAAGGAAGCAGUGUUUUCCUCAGUUUGAGCUGUCGUUUUCUUUGAGAGUCAAAUACAGUUCACGUUUCAAAGCUCUCUUUUCAUUUUCUCUGCCGACAAUACACAAAAACACAGUGUUUCGCUUGAGAAAUGCGGUCGAAAUACACAGACAUAUGCGCUUAUGUCACGCUAUUUGCGUUGCGUUAUCAUGUCACACAGGGUGUCACGAGGUGGGAUUGAAAGUAAUUGUUUUCGAGUACACUUGCAAUGUUUGCUACGCUGUCCUUAGUUUUUUAUUGAAUUGGCCAUGAAUUUACCUUCACUUUUCCGUAGGUUUGAUAUUGAACGCAGUGACGGCCGCUCCUCACUAACGCUCCAUAUUUCGGUGGCCGGCCAGUGACUAUCCCCACUACGUGUCAAUCCUUACCCGAUCCGUGAUUGUUUGGACCUUAACAAUAGGAUAAAGUGAAGAACGAGAAAUAUCCACUUUAUUAAAAAUAUUUUCAGUACGCAUCCCCUUGAAAUUCAUCAAAAGUUGUACAUAGGCGCGAGUUUCAGCGUCAGUUUUUAGCUUGUAAACCAUAUCGACGUUAAUUCUGGAUAUCGCAGCCCUUUUAUUACGUCAUCGCGUAAUUCGAAUUGGCCCUAUAAUUCGGUCGUGAAUAAGUCUAUGUCACCCCCACCACCAAUAACAUAAUUAUGUCAUUGAUUCCUUUAAUUUCAGUUAAAAUCAGUGUUAUACACGGCUCAACUUGUGUGCAGUAGCACAAUUUUGCAUUCAGACAAUGAGGGACAAAAGUGUUGACACACUUCCGUAGAAUGGCCCCUUUUUGCAUAGUGGAUAUACUUAUCCCCUUCCCCUGUCUACCCCAACCCCUUCCCCCCAAAAUCAAUGUUGAAUUUUGGACGCUCAAGUCUUUUUUUUACUUCAGACAACAUUGAUUCGGGGGGUCGGGGGAUUUAUGGCGUUUAAAAGGAAUGAAAUAAUAAAUGAAUUAAAUGUUUGUUAAAAGCACCCGUUUUAAACAAGUGUGUCAACUACUUUUGUCCCUGAUUGUGGUUUCUUUAUGUGUGCUACUCGAUAACAUUUGUUUUGCGGAACACUGACCCGAUGAAUGAGCUUGUUCAUUUGCUGAUAAGCAAUUGAAAUUUAUGCUCAAUUGAGGAUAAUCUUUAUACUCAUUCGUUGUGUGUUUUUGUCACCGGUCAGGCGCUAUUUGUAGGUAUUUCUGGGUUUAUAUAAGGCGAACUGAGAGAACAGUAAUAAGAUGUUUGUUUACAAAUUUUGUUUGCCGAUCGGUGACUGUUUUGUUAGCGUGGGUACGACCUCGUAAAAAUACACUUUGGUAAAUGUUUCUUUCAUAGUAGGACAGGGUUCUAAAUCUUAUUCUUAUCGGCCGCAACAUAUAUCUGAGGAGUAGCAAAGAAUAAACUUGAAUUAUGGGGAUAAAUAAAAUCAAACCAAAUGCCCGAAAAUACUCUCGCGUCGCGAACAAUUAAUUUGAAUUUUGUAAAUUUACUUGCGUGCAUCUGACUCGCUUCCGAUUGGCUGAAAAACAAUCAGCUACUGUCAGAACUCACACAUGCGCAUUAUCGUGAACCAGUCCCUUUAAAGCAAGCCGCGCCGUUUAAUCCCGCUUCAAAUCGCUGUAAUUUGUGCCUGUGGGAAAAAUAUUUCAUUUUUUGCAGAGCCGAUCUGGCGAGCUUGAAGAAACGAAAUGAACUUGUAACUUCCUGCAGGCACGCGUAA